AUGGUUGUAUUCGAAAUAACUAUACUUGGGGCCAAUGGAGGACCCACUGAAUACGGAACUCAGUGCUUUAUCCUUAAGCCUGCUAGAACAGAAGAUCCAGAAUUAAUAGCCGUAGAUGGCGGUGCUGGAAUGUGUCAGUUACGGGAAAUGUUGGUCCAAGGGCGGAAUGACAAUGAAGGCGAUGACGAGUUUGUUCCAAGUUUCUAUGAACAUGAUCGAGAGCCCAUAGAAUUUUUUGUUGAUUCCAAACUGGACAUACAAAAGGGUUUAUCCAAGUCUUUGCUACAAUCAUUAAAGAGACAGGGGGACCAUUUUGAAAGCGCCAAUACAACAAAAAAAACUUAUAAGGUGUUUCAGGGAAUUACCGACUACUAUAUUACCCAUCCCCAUUUAGAUCAUAUUAAUGGAUUAGUAGUAAACUCCCCCUCAAUAUACGAGCAAGAAAACAGUAAAAAGAAAACUAUAUGGGGAUUACCGCACACUAUUGACGUCUUGCAAAAGCAUGUCUUUAACGACUUACUUUGGCCAGAUUUAACAGCUGAACGCUCGGAAAAAUUGAAGCUAAGGUGCUUGAAUCCGAAGGAAGUUCAAAAGUGCACUAUUUUUCCUUGGGAUGUAAUACCAUUCAAGGUUCAUCACGGGAUAGGUGUCAAAACUGGCACGCCGGUAUACAGCACCUUUUAUAUCUUCAGAGACAGAAAAAGUAAAGACUGUAUAAUAGUUUGCGGAGAUGUUGAACAGGACCGCAGAGAAUCUGAAGAAUCUUUACUCGAAGAAUUUUGGUCUUACGUCGCGGAGAAUAUACCGCUUGUACAUCUCAAGGGUAUAUUAGUGGAAUGUUCCUGCCCGUUGUCUUCCAAGCCUGAACAGUUGUAUGGUCAUCUAUCUCCAAUAUAUUUAAUCAAUGAAUUAUCCAAUUUGAACACUUUAUACAACAGUAGUAAAGGAUUGAGUGGAUUGAAUGUUAUUGUUACUCACGUUAAGACAACGCCUGUUAAAAGAGAUCCAAGACUAACCAUACUUGAAGAGUUACGAUUUUUAGCUGAGGAGAGGAACCUAGGAGACUUGAGGAUAUCUAUUGCUCUAGAAGGCCACACUUUGUUUCUAUGA